AUGCGUUCUAAAGUACUUGGAGCAAAUUUUGAGACGCGUUCCUCGUUCAUUAUGAACGGAGUUUCGUUGAUAUGUUAUAAACAUUGCAACGAUAAAUCGAUAUUUUGUAAAGAAGUUCCAAUUGCAUGUCCAUUGUGUAAAACCGUAGUAACACGUUACGUGCUCGAACCUUUCAGAAUUCCGUGUCCCUUUGCCGAAGCUUCGGGAAAUCCAUGCGCUCUCGUGGUUAAACCAUCUUUCGGUAAUUUUUUACAAGAUUACAAACCUACGGACGAUUUGCACAUAGGGUUGACAAAUUCGGUGGGCAGAAUAUUUGAGUUCGACGCACGUGGUUUGACGAUCAACGAUUUGACAAAGUGGAAAAAUUGCUUGGUUAUAAACACGUCGGUACCUGAAUCUUGGUACUCGCGGUGGGACGAAGUACUUGAAGAAUUGUGCACCGGAUCAAAUUGGAAUUUAGUCAACUAUAACCCUACUUCAUACAAUUGUUUUGAUUUUGUUAUGAACUUUUUGACACUUCUCAAUUACAAGGAUUUGACGUUUCUCGACAAAACAACACUGUGCAGUUCCUUCGUUUUGCCAAAGUUGCGAGACGUUCUGAGAUACGUUUCUUUGUAUAGGAAUCUGCAAUCGAACGAAUAUUACGUCUCUGCUUGA